AUGAGCCCCAGACGAGCCUCUUCCGAGACUUCUUCUGUUAGCACAUCGUCUGCCACGCGUUCCAGGUUGCAGUCCGAAUCUCCGAAUGUGGUUCCACAAGAUGUGAAAGCUAUAUCUGCCUCUCGUUCACAGUCUCGGCCUGGGAGAUCAUUGACACAACCAGGGUCGGUGUCUGCACAUGGAGAGCGAAGACGAAAGAAGCCACGGACGGAAACUGACUCUGGCAAUGGCGACUCUAUCGACGACCUUGUCGACAGAACUUCUGGCGGCCAUGGAACAAGUUCUACAGAGUCGGUGUCGUCGUCCGCCCGGAGGCUCUAUGGUACUUUUGGUGUGGAAGCGCGCCAGUCUAAGCAAGUUGAAACUGGCAGCAUAAUCGAUCUUACAAGUCCUGAUCGCCACAGCAGCCCAGCCUAUGCUGGCGCCCGUAACCGCAAAGUGCUGGUGAGAAGUUCGCGACCGCGAGCGUCGCCGGUUGCCAACUACGCCGACUCUGCUACAAUUCUUCAGCAAGACCAUCACCAGGUAAGACUGUUGCCUGCAGAGGCCCGAGCCCCAUAUCCCAAUGGUGGGCAGUCGCAAUUCACGACGCAUAUUACCAAAACCCUGAAGAGGCUGACGCAUGGGGAGGCACCCGCGCUUAAGCACUUCCGACCAGCAUUUGUUUGUCGAGACGUCAAAGUCCUCGAGCGCGGUUACUGGCAAUUCUACAUCAAAAUAGCAGAAGAGAGCGUCGUGAAAGAAUCCAGACGACCUCGAGUAACACUAAAACUACUAGGAUCCACGGCGCGCAAGAAACGCGGUGGUGGCGCAGGUGUGCUGCCUUCAAAGACCUCAAAUCACGCCUUGUGGACUGAAGAUGAAUUCAUCCAGUUCUGGGAGAAUAUGACCUCGGUUAUUGAGUCAGGAAAGGUAGGGUUCGCCACACGAAUGACGAGGGAGCUGGAUGGUGGCAGCCUCUGGAAGAUCAGGGUAUUUACUUGGGGAGAGAUGCUUGGACAUAUUUGGAUGUUGUUUUUGGUUCUUUCGGAUAGACUGACGGGGAAUAUAUUGAUGGAAUGGAUCGCUGGGAAUGGAGCAGUGGUCGUGCGCAUGUCGGAUGGCAAACAUCAGUCCGGGUUAUGGAUGAGAAAGGGGCCGGAUGGGGCGCAAGGCGUUUGGGGUCUGGCAUAUCGAUAA